GAGUUCUCUCAUGUAGUUUUGUUUCAAAUGCAGCAAUCUUUUCUUGAUUAUAUAUUAUAUUGAUUAUAUUAUAUUAUAUAGUCGUAUAAAAUGUAUACACAGUUUGGGCGUCCGAUGCUCAAUCUUCCGACCUUGUUGGGAGUACGCGAAGGCGCCAUCGGUAUUGAUCAUAUUGCACAUCCCCUCCAGCAGCAGCAUCAGCAUCCCAACGCGACACGCACACACACGCACACACACACACACACACACACACGCACACACACACACACAUAGAGCUCGCAGUUGCAUUGAGUGUGUGAGCCGUAGUGGAAAUUAUCAUCGGCCAUCAUGACAGUUAGAAACACUCUCCGAGAUCACGGCCAGCGGUAUCGACCACGGAUGGCCUGUCUGAAAAAGGCGGAAAAGGUGCUGCUGGAGAUGCAGGACCCGAAAUCAGGAGUGAAGUCACAGCCGCAGCGAUUGGUCAUCACCACCAUACCGCACGCCAUCAUUGGUGAAGACAUCGUCGCCUGGCUGGCCGACAGAUUCCAGGUCGACGCCCGAGAGGCCAGGAGUCUGGGCUCCAUGCUGGUGUCGCUGGGCUACAUCUACCCUCUGCAGGACCACAAACGCCUGGUCCUCAGGCCCGACGCCUCGCUCUACCGCUUCCAGACGCCGUACUUCUGGCCCGCUCAGCAGUGGCCUGUGGAGGACACGGACUAUGCCAUCUACCUGGCCAAGAGGAACAUACGCAAGAAGGGCAUCCUGGAGAUGCACGAGCAGGAGCAGUACAACCGACUUCACAAGUGGAUGAACCACAAGUGGGACUUCAUCGUGAUGCAGGCCAAGGAGCAAUACAGGGCCGCAAAGGAGAGGAAGAAACCGGACCGUGUGGUGUUUGACUGCCAGGAGAGAGCCUACUGGGUGGUUCACAGACCUCCGCCGGGCACGGUGAGCGCCAUGGACUACGGACUGGAUCGGCGAGUAGACCCUAACGCAGACGAGGCCAAAACGCCCGACUACUACGAGAGAAUGAUGAUCUUCACCCAGCAGUCCAUCAUGCGGCCCAGAGUCAAGUCGUCCGUGUCCAUCGGCGCAUUGGUGAAAUACUGCGCCACCUACAAAAGCCACGACCCUUUCCUGUCCAAGUGUCUGCCCAGCAACCCGUGGCUCACCGAUGACGUCACCUACUGGACCCUGAACAUGCCCAACGUGGAGACGCCCACCAAGAUGCGCGUGGAGCGUUGGACCUUCAGCUUUGGCGAGCUCCUCUUGGACCCGCGAGGCCGGGACGACUUCAAGCGCUUCCUGAAGAAGGAGUUCAGCGGCGAAAACUUGGCGUUCUGGGAAGGCUGCGAGGAUUUAAAGUGGGGCACGGCCGCCACCAUGAGGGAGAAAGCUGAGCAGAUCUACAAGACCUUCCUGGCCCGCGGCGCCCCCCGCUGGAUCAACAUAGACGGCAAGACGAUGGAGAUCACAGUGAGCAGCCUGAAGCAUCCUCACAGAUACGUGCUGGACGCCGCCCAGACGCACAUCUACAUGCUGAUGAAGAAGGACUCGUACGGCCGCUACAUGAAGUCUCAGGUGUUCAAGGACACCUUGAAGAAGGCCCUCGUCCCCGAGGAGCACAAGUUCACCGACGCCCAGCUGGAGCAGAACGCCAAGAACCGGCGGCCCAGCGUCAGCCCCAUCAUCCUGCGGCAGCAGGAGCUGGAGGAGCGCGCCAAGACGGCCGCCAACGCGCCCGUGGACAUCACGCAGCUCUGCCGCUUCACCACCCCCAUGCCCCACCUGGCCGUCUACUCCGGCCUCGCCGACUCCCCCUCCACCAACGCCUCGUCCUCCCUCUCCAUCCUGGCCCACCCCCCGGCCUGCCCGUCCCCCAUCAGCGUGGCGCUGGACAGCACCUCCGCUUUCGAGCGGCGAGCGGAAACGGGCGAAGCGGACCGGGACGGCGAGGUCCGGACCCCCGCCGAGGGCAACGCGUGCAAGUCCAAAAUGGCGCUGUUCCUGCGGCGGCUGCUGAGGCGAGGAUGCGGGCCGUCCGCCGUCUUCGCCAGCCUGUCCCCCAAAUGCAACUCGGCCGCCGGGGCCGGGGGGCGGAUCCAGCCCAUCAGCCCGGACCCGAGCAGCCAGGCCCCGCCCAGGAGGGUCGGCAAUUUCUUCCAGAUCAAAGUGGACAUCCCCCCGGAGUGUCGCAUCUACCCCAUCGAGUCCGAGGACGAGGAGGACGAGAACCGAGCCGCUCUCGGGGCCAAGGAGAUCAUCUGCCCCUGGGAGAGCCUCACUUCUCAGAACGGGACCGGCUAAUCACAAGGUACCGGACGGGUUGUUCAAUUAGGGUCCUCACAUUCCACCUCAGAGACUAAAAUACUCUAACGUGCCCUCCAAUAUUUGCUGUUUGAAUGUCCAAACUGUCUCAAUGGCUCUCUGGAGCAGGGCCGGCCCCUGGCAUAAACACAGUUCUUUAGGGGCCACAGCCACUGGAGGGGCAUGAUAUGGUGACAGGUCACGUCGCUAGCUGCUUGUCGUGCUCUGCAUUUGUUCAACGGCGUGUCAAAAUAUCAUUUUUAAUAGUUUUAGUUUGCUUUAGCAGCGUCCAUUCAAAAGCCCAUUAAGAUAAUUGCUCAUUUAGCGUCGCUUUAAAAGCCGUGAUGGUGACAGACUUAAGGCCGUAUUCCUAAAACAUCCGUACUAUUCAGGUUUAUAUUUUAGCCGAACCUUUUCCCUAAAGGUAUCAUGUCUAAAAAACAUGUAUUCUUUCAGAUUUUUUGCCUAUUUAUUGUGUUUUGUUUACUUUUACAAUUAAUGCCAAAUCUGCAUAGCAGUUUUGAAUGGGCUUCACUGCGGUAGGAAAUCUGAAACACUUUUCCUUUCCCCUCGGACCAAUAAACUUAUGUUUUACCUUUUCAUAUAAACUUUGUACAAGUUUGACCUUAUUUCUAAUAUAAACAUGUGACGGUACUUUUUAACAUUAAAGAACGAGUAUUAUUAAUGACCCAAAUGGGGCCACAAACAAACCCUUGUUUAGGGCCACAAAAAGCCCAAAACACCAGUAAAUGCUAGUAAAUCCCUGGAAUAAACACUGUCGUUUAGGGCCACAAGCACCAUGAUGUGGUGACAGGUCACGUCGCUAGCUGGUUGUCGUGCUCUGCAUUUGUUCAACGGUGUGUCAAAAUAUCAUUUUUAAUAGUUUUAGUUUGCUUUAGCAGCGUCCAUUCAAAAGCCCAUUAAGAUAAUUGCUCAUUUAGCGUCGCUUUAAAAGCCGUGAUGGUGACAGUUUUAAGGCCGUAUUCUUAAAACGUCCAUACUAUUAAGGUUUAUAUUUUAGCCAAACUUUUUCCCUAAAGACAUAAUGUCUAAAAAACAUGUAUUCUUUCAGAUUUUUUUGCCUAUUUAUUGUGUUUUGUUUACUUUUACAAUUAAUGCCAAAUCGGAAUAGCAGUUUUGAAUGGGCUUCACUGCGGUAGGAGAUAUGGAACAUUUUAUUUUCCCCUUGGACCAAAAAACUUAUGUUUUACCUUUUCAUAUAAACUUUGGAGAAGUUGGACAUUAUUUCUAAUAUAAACACGUAACUGUAGUUUUUAACAUCAAGAACAAGUAAUAUUAAUGACCGAAAUGGGGCCACAAACAAAUAUUUGUUUAGGGCCACAAAAAGGCCAAAACACC